AUGUUUCAGUUGCCAAUUUUAAAUUUUAGUCCCCAGCAGGUCGCGAGGGUAUGCGAGACUUUGGAAGAGAGUGGGGACAUCGAGCGCCUUGGCCGCUUUCUGUGGUCUCUGCCCGUCGCUCCAGCCGCCUGUGAGGUCCUCAACCGAAAUGAGUCGGUGCUCCGAGCGCGGGCCAUUGUGGCCUUCCACACUGGGAAUUUUCGUGAGCUUUAUCACAUUCUGGAGAACCACAAGUUCACCAAAGAGUCCCAUUCCAAAUUACAAGCGCUUUGGUUGGAGUCGCACUACCAGGAGGCGGAGAAGCUGCGGGGCCGCCCGCUUGGGCCGGUGGACAAAUACAGAGUGCGGAAGAAGUUUCCGUUGCCCAAAACAAUUUGGGAUGGAGAACAAAAGACGCACUGCUUCAAAGAGAGGACCCGACAUUUGCUUCGAGAGUGGUAUCUUCAAGACCCUUAUCCGAACCCGAGCAAAAAGAGAGAGCUUGCACAGGCUACAGGACUCACUCCAACCCAAGUAGGGAACUGGUUUAAAAACCGUAGACAAAGGGACAGAGCUGCGGCUGCUAAAAACAGGUUACAACAACAGGUGCUGUCCAACGGCUCGGUUCGGUCUAUGACAGGAGAGGACAGUGCUGUGGAUCGACUUGGAAAUGCAUCGAGCCCCGAAGCAAGUCUGUCCAGCAAAGCCGCCGCAUCGGCCAUCUCCAUCACUUCAAGUGACAGCGAAUGUGACAUCUAA